CCUCCCGCCUCAGAACGACCUCCUCAAUAAUUACUUCACAGCUGCUGCGCAAUAAUCACUCAAAAGCUGAAUGGAAGCCCUGUCGCAGUCGUUGAUGAUCGACCAGUCUAUCAGCCAGCUGUCUGGCGCUGCUGUUCUUUCGAGCUUCCUUUUGGAAUAGUUUGCACCAACAUGGACGACGAACAGCUUGACCCACCGACCCGUGAGGCUCUGCAGUACUGGGGCUAUCUCUUUCAAGACAACAAGGUUGGAACCGACUUACUUCACCGUCUGUUGACUGGUAUCUAUAAUUACAUUACGAAGACAUAUGACGCAAACCCUGACUGUCCGGACGUCACACCCUCACAACUCGCGGCAUUCUAUCGGGCAGUCGGCGGGGAUUACGAUAUUCUGUUCGAGAAAGAGCCGCCAUCGUCCAUUGCCUUCAUCUACAAAGCUCUUGGCUGCCUUCAUUCGCUGCAGCCUGCGCCGAGCGAUGAAGGAUACACCGCCCCGAGCGUGCCGGCCUUGAAGAGGAAAGGUUUCAUAACGUGGCAGACGAUUCAAUUGAUGCUCGGACCGGAAGAGCAUGUGGGAUUUCUACAAUGCGCCGUCUCGCGAUUCGAGAUUAUAGACCCAGCCACUGGGGCUGCCUUUCCAAAGCUACUGCCCAAGCAGGCCUUCCCAUCCGAACCCGAUGAGGACAUGAUAUCGUGGUAUGAAGACGUAUCCGAGAAGCUGCGCAAGGACGCUCUGGCAGAACAGAGGGCCGCCCAGCAGCAACCGCGUCCAGAUCAGCGGACUCCCAGUGAGGACUUGGCCGACAGUUCGGCCGAUGAACGAGCCGGAGCCGCAAACUAUUUCCGAGAUCCACUCUAUCGCAACCGCGAAGGCAGGCCAACCAUUAUCAGGCGAUGGUCGAAGAACAAAAGUCCACGAGAAUUCAUGCAAGACAGGGGCCGGAUGGUAGCAAACACUGUCCGACACUUUGUGCCGUGGGCACGCCGGCGUAGCCUACCCGAAAAGGAGGGCGAUGGAGAAGAGAUCCCCGAGGACGAAGAUGAAGAAGCAUACGAAGACCCGAAUCCAAUACCAAUGGAGCACAGAGAGUCUACAAAACGGAGAUCUCCAAAGUCUCCACGCAGCGCUCAUAGCCACAGCCCGAGAGACCGCAGUCCUCCUAGUCGCCGGCGAGCCAGUUAUACAUCAACGGAUUCCGACUCGGAUGUUCCAAGUGCUCGUCACAGGAGAGAUCCAGUGCUCCGGCAGCGCCGUAGCCACGAGGUUCCACCCGCUUCACGAGAUUAUUUCCCUCCCUACAAUGAAGGACCGCGUCGGUACUCCCACGUUCCACCACCUACAGUGGAAAUCAACGGCGCCCCAUCAGGCUUCGUACCAUCCCGCGAGCCAAUGUUUGCCACCACAGUCGCGCAGCACAUGCAACCACGCAGAUCGUCAGCAGUCCCCGGACCAGGCCGCUACGAUGGAGGGCACCACGUUCGAUACAGCGGCGCUCCUGCGUCUGACAGUCGACAACGGACGCCAAAGAUUGUAGAGCCCCCAGACUACGAGCGUCUGCCGACUCGGCACAAGGCCGCCAGAAGGCCUUCUAGCGACGAUCGUGAUAGAUAUCGCGACCGUGAUCGGGAAAGAGAACGGGACCGCGAACGCACCCGGGUGAGGUCGAGAGAUCGCGACCGGGAUUACGAUCGAGAGCGAGACCGGCCGGAGAGACCACGGUUUCACCGAUAUGUGACGCCUGUCGAUGGUGUUUCUGGUCGCAGAUAUCCCAACGACGCACCCUGGCGAUGA